AUGACGACGCCGGUUUUCCCCCCACUUUCUGCCUUUUUUUUUUUUCUCCUUUUGAGUUGGGUACCGAUGGACCCGAGAGCCUCUCUUCGUGAAACCUAUUUCGUUUUCUUUUUUUGUUGUUUCUUAUCACCCCUCACUUUUGAAUGCCCAUCGACUCCACUCUCCCCACCGGGUUCUAAGACCGUCAGGCAGAGGAUCCCGAAUUCUCAACCCAACCUCAGUCCUGCAGCUGCAGUUGAACUCCACCACUCAUCGGCUGCCAGAGAGGCUUGCAAUUUUUUUUAUUUUAAUUUUUUUUAUCCCUUCUUCUCUUUGACCCAACGCUUCCGCCCGACUCUAAGCCCAACUACUUCGAUGGAGACACAGCGUUUUUCGAAACUGUGGCUUCCUGUAAGUCGAACAUCAUCUGGGGCCCUACGGGAGCCACACACGUCGCCCCUGUUGGACGGGGCCAACCCUGUUUUUUUAUUUUUUUUUCUUAGGGACUCCCCGAUCGCCUCUUGUGCAGCCCACAUUAUGGCCAGUAAGGGCCCCCAGGCCGCCUUUGUCGAAGAAUUUGACGAGGACUCCAACGUUACUCUACCCGGCACUAGAUUGUCAGCAAAUAUUGCUCCCAAUACUGCUGCCAAACUCUCGAGGUUGGAUCCUAGACACCCGGAGCCGCUGAUCGACGGCGCCAGUGACUCAGGUUAUUCUAGUCGCACCGCCGCCACCACAAACAGCACCCAAUCUGGCCCGUCAGGCGGAAAAAGCCCCCCGGCCCCUCUUAAGGUGGACAACCCCAGACGCACCGAUCUCAACAGAAAAAGUUCGACCAGAGAACGCAGAGACAAGGAACGAUCACGGCCUUCGCGCGAAGAGAAGAUGGUAGGUGCCUACGCGGGCGCUGCCCAUCAUGCUCACGUGCAUCGGUCAUCGUCCAAGCCUCAUGGACGAGACUCCGCCCCUCGCCAGUACCACGACAGCUACUACGAAUACCACAGCUACCGUCCCGCUCCCGUCGAAACUCGACAAGGUGAGUAUCCGUUUCACGUUGAUUCACGACCACCUAUGCCGGACUUCUCAUCCUCCCCACACGCGCCUCGAUACGGUGCCAUCGAAAGCGUUCACGUCAACAACCCCGGUCGAUCCAACCGCUCCCAUGCAUACCACUCCUAUCACCCCAACAAUCACGCCAUCGGUUUCCACGGUGUACAACACGGCAUGGGAUCGGGUAUGACAUCUGGAAUGACAUCCCCGAUGUACAGCCAGUCUUCGGUACACGGAUACGACCAUGGACCCCCACUAUCCAAUUCGGCCUACAUGCAGAACCAGUACUCAUCCUCACCCUACGGUCAAUCUUCCUUCUACGCCCCAUCGGAGUAUGGAGCCCCAUCGGAGUAUCGUGAGCGAUCACUUUCCCGGGAGCCAUCCCGGCGUCGAUCCAACUCCAUUUAUGCGGCUCCGCCCCAGGCAAUAGACUCAGGAGCAUAUUCACCAUGGUAUGAUGACGAUCAACCUCUGGAGCGAUAUUCCUCGCGAGAGGCACGAGGUCGUCCUUCUAUAAGCCACCAGGAUCCAGAUGAGGAAUACUACCGCGGAAGCAUGGGCCCCCCAGUCCCACCACCGGCACCACCUAUGCCCAGGCCCAAGACCAGGGCAAUCCCACAAGUCCACCAGGACAGGCGCGCGGAGCGCCCAGAGCCACGGAAAGCACACACUAGUGGUCCUACCGCCCCAUCCCAACGCCUUGUAUCCAGAGGCAUGGACAGGGACAGAGGCGCGGACUAUGAUUAUGACCGAAUGGACAUGGCCGACCUUAGAGAUGCCCUUCCCGUGGUAUCGGACCGUGGAAAUCGUCGAGUGUCAAGGGAUACUCCGCUCGAGAGGACCCGCAGCAUUCGAGAUGUCCGCAGAUCGGUGAGCUACGCGGAUGAGCGACGGUCGGCCCAAGUGGCCGUCGCCAGCUCCCGACGACGGAAGCCAACUGAGUACUACGAACCAUCCAGUACAGCAGAUGACCUUGAGGAUCUUGAACGUGGAGUUGAAAGCUACCAGGCUGCUCGGUCUGGCCGAGCCUCGACUGCCGCAUUGCCUCUUUCACAAGAGGUGUUGCCCCCAAGUAAGACGUCCAAUCGCAAUGGGAGCGACAGCGGUAGCCAAAAGAGCCGGUCCAACAGCAGCCGUGGUAGCGGUACAGCUUCACGUACGGAAGAAGAUAAGAACAUGACUCUGACCUUGAACGGAUUGAAAAUCGGAUUUACUCAGGAGAAUAUGGCAGGCAAGUCCAUCAACAUUCGUGCUGGGGAUACCGGGGGCCUUCGAUUGAACAUCGGUGGUGGCCCUCGGCACCCUAAGCAGUAUGUCAAUGGUUCUGGUUCUGAUUAUACGGGGGGCGCUAGCCGCCGGGAACUCGAAGAUGUGCGACGUCCCAUUGAGGACGUUCGACGUGCCCGUGAUGAAAGACGGUCGGAACGCGGUACUCGCCGCGGGAGCCAGUCUGCCUACAUGGGCCGUUACCAUCAUUGA